AGGUCGCAGAGAGGUGAUUGGUGCAGGACAGUCAUGUGACAAGGCCUUUUGAGCCUUUUUCACUCUCACUGUCAGUGUAGAAGUUGUUGAAGUUGCACUGUGACCUGCCUCCCUCCAGCUGCGGGCGAUGCCUCAGCCGGGUCUGAGUGGGAUGGAGCCCGUUUUCGGGGAGGCUUAUGGGGGGCACAGGUCCCUGCUCAGUCCAUACCCUCUGGCCAUGUCCCCCCACGGAGGACGCACCGACUACGACCAGACUGUGCUGCUGAUGUUGGGCUCCCCGGCGUCUCCACGGAAACGGCCUUUUGAGUUGCUAAGCGAUCUGGUGGAUGAUGGGGGAUUUGGGGAGGACCUGCAGCCUGAGCGAUGGGACGUGUCUGCGCUGGACGAAAUGACACGCUUCACCAAACCUGGGCUGGGUGUGGGGACGGAACUACUCACCUGCACAGAGGUUUUCUCAGAGCAGGCUGUUCUGAUUGGUCGACUGGGCAGGAGUCGAGAGGAACAGGAAGAGGAAGAGCAGAGAAAGAGAGCUGCUACAAAAUCUGUCACAACCCCUCCCACCAUUAUGUCCCAGAAUGUCCCAAACAACACCACAGCUACUGCGAAGGAAACCUGCGCUACCACAUCCUCAACAACAGAGGGGCAGCUAAACGUACCAAAUGAGAGAAUGGGACAGGAGCAGCUGGUCCGAUCCGUGGAGGUCUAUCAAGUGGCACAGGAGGAGGAACUGACUUUGGAGCACAAUUAUUCGUUAAGCCAAGGAGGAGAUGGAGAGAUGGGGGCCAGCCUGGAGGAGGUGCCCCCUGAAGAGAGGAGAGGAGAGGAGGGGACUGAAACAGAGGAGAUGGACAGGAGAGAGACAGAGACAGAGGAGGAGAGAAGGGAGGAAGAGGAGGAAGAAGAGGAGGAAGAGGAGGGAGGAGAGGAGACUGCAGCAGAGGCAGAACUGACCAGCUCGUCUGAGAGUGAAUGUGAGGUGGAGACCGAGCCUGUGCGUCCGACCUGGAGAGCGUCCCUCAAAGCGCCGCUGCUUCUGGGAGUACAGACGAUCGCGAGACUCCUCCUCCAAAAAGAAACCAGGAUCUGAGGGUCACUGGUCUCUGUCCUGGAGCUCCAGCACUCUGCCCAGCACAUUGUACCGACCGGAGGGUAAGAAAGGCCGCCGUAAAGCCCGUAAAACCGAUGCUAGUGACCUGACUCCAAACCCUCAGAAGCUGCAUAACAUCGGGGAGCAGCUCCAGAAACUGAACGCUGCAAUUGACGGGAUGGGCCCCGUGAAUGAUCUGCCCGC